CAGGUAUUUUAUACUUUGUGACGUUUCACGGUGCAUUAAACUCCUCCGCUGGUCUUUGUGUUAGUUAUUAUAAAGGUGAUCGACAGGAAGAGAAGCUGAAGAACUUCAUCGACUAUUUUGUCUCAGCUCAGCCACUACAGAGACAAUGGGUUCUCCAGAAAAGGAAAGUAACGGCCAAAGUGGAUCGGGGCCUCGCUCCUCUCAGGAGGAUGAUAAAGCUGCCCCAACUCCAGCAAACAAAGCUGAAUCCCACAGCUGUGCCCACUGUGGAAAGACGUUUCCCACUGUGAAAAGGCUAAACCUGCACAAAGUUAUCCACGCUACAAUAAAACCACACGAUUGUGACGACUGUGAAAAGAGCUUUGUCACUGUAACGCAACUAAGAAGCCACCAACGCAUCCACACCGGCGCUAAACCGUACAGCUGUGACCACUGUGGAAAGACCUUUCGCCACUUGUCCGGUCUUAAGAUACACGUACGCAUGCAUACUGGAGAGAAACCAUUUGCCUGUGACAUAUGUGACAAAGCUUUCCCUACAGUACAUCGUUUAAAAGAGCACACAAACACUCAUACCGGGGAGAAACCUUUCAUGUGUGUCCAUUGUGGAAAAUCCUUUAGCCAGGCCGUAUCCCUAACAAGACACAUACGCACCCACACUGGAGAAAAACCCUACAGAUGUGACCAGUGUGGGAAGACGUUUGCUGUAUUGAGUAGCUUAUUAGUACAUAAACGAGCCCAUGCUGGAGAAAAACUGUACCAUUGUGCCCAGUGUGGGAAAGGUUUCACAAGAGCAUCUACCCUCAAAGACCACCAACUCCUCCACAGUGGAGAGAAACUACCCUGUGACGAGUGUGGAAAAACUUACAGCUCGGCACAAACCCUGAAGGUUCAUAAACUCCUUCACAAACGAGAGAAAUGCUUCCGCUGUGUCAAAUGUGAGCAAGCUUUCAUUUUGUCAGCUGACCUCAAAACACACCUACGCACCCACUUUGGAGAAAAAGUGCAUCGCUGCGACAAGUGCGAUAAAGGUUUCAAGAUAUUACAUCAACUCAAAGUACAUCGACUCAUCCACACUGGAGAAAAACCCUUCUCCUGUGGUGUCUGUGCAAAAGCCUUUAACCAGAAAGCAACCCUGAUAGAACAUCAACGCAUCCACUCGGGAGUAAAACCUUACAGCUGUGACCAGUGUGACAAAGUAUUUGCUAGACAAAAUUAUUUAAAGAAACACCAACUUUUACACACAGGAGAAAAACCGUACAAAUGCAACCAGUGUGGAAAAUCCUUCUCCCAGCCUGCUAGCUUAAAACGACAUCAGCGCAUCCAUACCGGAGAAAAACCGUACAGCUGUGACCAGUGUGGCAAGACGUUCGCUCUGCUCGGUAACCUACAAACUCAUCAAAGAAUCCACAAGGGAGAAAAAACAUAUCGUUGUGACAAGUGCGAGAAGGCUUUUACUCUUCGAGAUCAAUUAAAAAGUCACCAACGCACCCACUCUGAAACUAAACCGUAUGCAUGUGAGCAGUGUAGCAAAACCUUUAAACACCCAAUCACCCUAAAAAGACACCAGCGUAUGCACACCGGAGAGGAUGUGUACUGCUGUGAACAGUGCGGGAAAUCUUUCCCAUUGUUAUCGAGCCUAAAGGACCAUGAGGUCGUUCACUCUAAGGAGAAAAGACACCGCUGCGAGCAGUGUGGUAAAGCUUACGGACAUUUAAAUAACCUAAUAAUGCACCGACGUAGCCACACUGGGGAGAGACCAUACAAAUGUGAUCAAUGUGGAAAGACGUACAAGCUUUUACACAGCCUAAAACACCACAAGCUGAUCCACACUGAGAAGACACCGUUCACAGGUGAUGUGAACGCUAAAGACCAACAAACCCCCGCUGCUAAAAAACUGUUUCACUGUUAUAAAUGUGCUAAGACGUUCUCUACAUUAGCCACGCUCUCCAAACAUCAGCGUCAGUGUGAUUGCGUCGAGCAGGAUUCGUACCAGUGUGACGAACGUCAGACAAGCUUCCCGUCCUCAGACCAAAGGAAGACACUAAAUGCAAAUUCAUCUUCUGGCUGCAAGAUCAAACAACUUGAGAUCAAACUCCACAGAAUUCAGGUUUAAUCACUUUAGUAUCUUUAGUUUAUCGCAAGAUUUAAGGUGUUGCCUUUGAUAUAUCUUUAUGUUAACGGCAAGAGUACUUAGGCAAAGGCAGCACUUGAAAUGAGAACAAGAGGAACAUUAGACGACAGGUAUGACAGUGACUUCCUGCCAAUAUACAGUCACAUAACAGCGAGUAAUUAAAAUGUUUGUUUUUGUUGAAAUUGAGACUGAAAACUGAAAGAAAUGAUGUGUUGGUGAAGGUGUUAUUUUAGGUUUAAAGACUGAUCAGGCAACAAAAUGCUGCACAAAUGUUUAUACAUGUUAUUACAGCAGGUAUUUGUUAAUUUUUCAUUGUGAUGACUGCCUUGUCAGACAGUAGAAAUACACGUUAGA